AUGGAGUUUCUCUUGGUCUUCUUGCUGGUGCUGUGUGGCUUGGCCUUCCUCGCCGGGGCACCAUUGAACGGCUACGUCCUCUUUGUCACUGGCUGCCGUGUGGAGAGGACGGCCAGCGCAGUGUGGUACCUCAACCGGGCCGUGUCCGAUUUAAUCUUCAUCCUCUGCCUGCCCGUCAGACUCACCUUCAUCUUCAUCCAGGACAUAGACUGGGCCAGGAGGCUGAGCAGCUCCAUCACCUCCCUGCACAUGCUCUCCAGUGCCUUCCUCCUCAUGGCCAUCUGUAUCCAUUGCUGCAUCCUCAUGGCACGGCCUGAGUGGGCCCAGAAACGCCGCACGCCCUGCCUGGCCUGCUGGGUGGCUCUGGGCACAUGGGCCCUGUCUGCCGGGUUCAGCUUGCGGUACAGUGACCUCUGGGAAUCCCUCCCCCCACCUGCCAGAACCAGCAUGAAUUUGCAACUGGAUAUAGAGAGGGCUAAGGCCGCAGUUGCUAUCCAGUUCCUGGCCGGGUUUCUGAUCCCAUUAGCCUUGAGCCUGAUCCCAACCUUCUGCGUCGUUCACACUGCCAGGCUGGGAAGGAACCGGCUGAUCCAGGCCACCCAGCCCCUCAAGAUCCUUCUUGGCUUCAUUCCAACCUUUUUCCUCUGCUGGCUGCCCUAUCACAUCUUCUCCUACUUGCAGCUCUCAGCUACGCACCCUCGGCCUCUUCUGGAAAUAGGAAGCACAUCUGCUUGUGUCCUGACGUAUGUCAACAGCUGCCUCAACCCCAUCUUCUACCUCACCUUGGAGGAAGAGUUUCUGCGGUACCAACAACGUGCUCGCAACCCCCACACCACCGACCACUCAGGGCCAGAACCAGCCGACUGGCCCCAUCCCUCCAGCCCUCUCCACCAUGAGCUGCACCAAGUAAGGCAAAUUUUAGGGGACGCAGGGCCUGGAAUGUCAAAGUUGCACCUAGAAAAAUUCAGCCUGGACAUGAAGGGGAUGUUUUGA